AGCUCUCUCUCCAGUUCAAAUUUCAUCUGAAACUCUGUUCCUCACAAGGCUGCAGUGCCUAUGACUCUCUCUCUCUCUCUGUCUCUGUCUCUGUCUCUCCACCCCCACUUCUCCUGCUCUCUCUUUCUCUCUCUCUCUCUCUUUCCACAGACAUGGCCCCCUGGCUCUCUUGGCCCAUCUCCCUCACCCUCAUCCUAGUCACUGGGAGCUGGGCCGAAAAGCAGGAGCAAGGCCAGGCCCCACUGGAACCAUAUGACCGUCUGUUCAGUGCUGCAGUGGAGGCAUAUUACCGCAACGACUGGCAAGGGGUCAUCAUCAACAUGGAACGGGCCCUGCAGAACCAAGUAAACCUGCGGCAGAUUAAGGUCCAUUGCUGGACCCACUGCAACAACAAGACAAGGUUUGCCAUCUCAAGCAGCGGGCAGGACUUCUUCUUCGACACUAAUUUCUUCAACACUGUGCUAAAGAAGGCCGACUGCCUGAAACAGUGUGAGGAAAACAAGCUGGGGCCUUACUCCAUGCAUCAGAUCUCUGAGGAGAUGCUGCUAGAGUUCCAGAAGAGGACCCCUUACAAUUACCUGCAAAUGGCAUAUUUCAAGAUUAAAAUGUUAGAUAAAGCUGUUGCUGCUGCUUACACCUUCUACGUGGUGAACCCGGAGCACCUGGAGAUGAGGCAGAAUCUGGAAUAUUACAAGAUGAUGGCUGGCGUGAAGGAUUCCGACUUCAGGGACUUGGAAGCCAAACCCCACAUGGAUGUUUUCCGCACAGGAGUCCGAUAUUACACAGACGAGCAGUUUGAACCAGCAAUUGAGUUUUUAGAAAAUGCUCUGGUGGAAUAUUUCAAGGCAGACAUGGAGUGUCGUGCUCUCUGUGAGGGCCCAUACAACUUUGAUGGUUACAGUUACAUGGAAUACAAUGCAGACCUGUUUCAGGCUAUAACAGAUCACUACAUUCAGGUGCUCAACUGCAAACAGAACUGUGUGACAGAGCUGGCGAGUCGGCCUGACAGAGAAACACCCAUCGAUGACUUCCUGCCUUCCCAUUUUGACUACCUUCAAUUUGCAUAUUACAACACUGAAGACUACUCCAAGGCUAUUGAAUGUGCCAAAACCUAUUUGCUUUUCUACCCCAAUGACGAAGUAAUGAACCAGAACCUACAGUAUUACCAGGCAGUACUGGGAGAAGAACAGGCCGCAUCUCUUGGCCACAGAGAGAAUAUCCAGGUGUACAUCAACAACUCAUUGCUGGAGAAGGAGCUGCUGUAUUUUGCCAAUGAGAUCUUUGGUAUUACCUUUAUAGAUCCGGACAAGUGGACGCCUGAGGACGUGAUGCCAGUUAAACUCAAAGAGAAGCAAAAGGUGGAACGAGAGACUGCAGCUCGCAUCAGCAAAGAAAUUGGAAACCUGAUGAAAGAGAUUGAACACCUGGUUGAUGAGAAAACCAAGGAAUCAUCUGAGAUUGUGAAGAUGGUGAGAGAAGGGGGCCCUUUGCUCUAUAAUGAAGUCAAGGUUUCAAUGAACGCAAAAGUUUUGAAUGGAACUCAGAGGGUGGUGCUUGAUGGUGUGAUCACAGAGAAGGAAUGUGAGGAACUACGUUAUCUCUCCAAUGCUGCUGCGUCAAUGGGUGAUGGUUACCAAGGGAAACCUUCUCCUCAUACACCAAAUGAGCGAUUCCAGGGAGUGACAGUUCUCAAAGCACUGAAGCUCAGUCAGCAAGGCAGGAUCUCACUGAAAACAUCGAAGCUGUUUUAUGAUGUCAGUGAAAAAACCCGCAGGAUCCUUGAGUCUUACUUCAGACUGGAAAACCCCCUGUACUUCUCCUAUUCACACCUCGUCUGUCGGACUGCAGUGGAAGGAACCCAGAGCAAUCGUGAUGAUCUGAGCCACUCAGUCCAUGUUGAUAACUGCAUCCUAAACGCCGAAGCUUUGGAAUGUCGGAAAGAACAUCCUGCCUACACUGAGCGGGAUUACAGUGCCAUUCUGUAUCUAAACCAUGAUUUUGAAGGCGGAGACUUCAUAUUCACAGAAAUUGAUGCAAAAAAUAUUACAGCGAAGGUGAAGCCCAGGUGUGGCCGUGUGGUGGGUUUCUCCUCGGGCACAGAGAACCCACAUGGAGUCCAGGCUGUGACCAAAGGACAGCGGUGUGCGGUGGCACUCUGGUUCACGUUGGACCCCCGGCAUAAGGAGCGGGAGAGAAUCGCGGCUGAUGAUUUGGUGAAGAUGUUGUUCGGGGCCGAAGAGGAGCUGCAGCACGAUGAAGAUGUCCUCAGUGCCCCGGGGUCCGAAGACGCACCAACUGAGGCCUCGCCCGUCCAGUCUGCCCCCGAGCCACCCACUGCAGCAGCGUCAGAGCUGGAACAGAAGGAGGAACAGACACCCGUCUCCGAAUCCUCCACAAUAAACACACUAGACUCCACUCCAGGGACAACAGCUCCUACCUUAGAUCAGAAAGACCAAGCCAUUCCGAACAUAGCCCCUGAGAAACAGGAAUUGUAAUGUAACUUACAAAGACUCACAUUGGGGCUGCACCAUGCAGUUCCCUGUGUUUUGCUCCUUUUUCAGUCGCUCGCAGUUAUGGUCAUCCACUUCUGGGCCUGAGAAACUGAGAAACCCAAUACCUCAUCCUGUUUUCUCUUCCCCCUGACAGUCCCAGAGCAUGACAUCUUCUGCUUUUGACCUGCCUGCAUUGUCACAUCUUGCCUACACUUCCAACCCUUCAGGUUUGGAGUCUUGCCCACCCACACAGCAAUAGUCUGCAAAUGUUCCUGUGUGAAUAGUUGAAGUCUCUGAUCUUUAGCGCACAAAUGCGACAACAAACAAAAAUGUAAAUGUUGUCCAACCUCAACUGUCUGGGCUACUGGCACUCAGUAUCGUGAACUGGAUCCGCUCCAGUUUCUGCAGUGUUCACACAUUUUUUUAAGGUAGUACAUUUGUGAAAGAAAAAUGGCUUCACUGUUGUCACUCAAAGCAUUCGUAGACAACAUCAUUUAAAGAGGGUAGAUAGUGACUGUAUUCACUUGUAUUCCUCUGUGCUUUACAGGGGUAUGUGUAUCGCGGAACACUCUGGUUCUGUUACUUCUAAUUCCUCAAUGCUAUGUACACUGUCACUCAGGCACGUUCACUCAUACAGUCAGAUUUAAACAGCGAUUAUCUCAUAGCAAAUAAAAACCGAACGAACUGCGGAUGCUGUAAGUCAGUAAACAAAACAGAAAUUACUGGUAAAGUUCAGCAGAUCUGGCAGCAUCUGUGAAGGAGCAAACAGAGGUAAUGUUUCGGGUCCGGUGUCCCUUCUUCAGAACAGUUCUGAGGAAGGGUCACCGGAUCCAAAACGUAAACUCUGUUUUUCCCUUCACAGAUGCUGCCAGACCUGCUGAGCUUUUCCAGCAAUUUCUGUUUUGUUUCAUUAUCUAGUAGCAGUUAGGAAGCAGAAUUCUCAAAGAUGUUCCUACCUAGGGAGGCAAAUAUAACACUAAGAGAAUCUCUCCUGGAGAGAUCAGAUAAUGCAGCACAGGCUCCAGGUUUGACCUUGAACUAUCCAUGCUCACAGGUCAAUGCUUUCCCCUGCUGAGCCAGUAGGAGGAUUCCUGACCUGAAUUCAUUUCCAGUGAAACGGAAACCUCUGACUGUGAUGAUCUAGUAAGAACCUGGAAAGACUUCAUUGUAGCAACAAGCUGCCUGUAGGUAAGUGCUAAGUGGAGAAUGCUCCACGCCAUUCAUGCUACACUCCAUGUCACAGACAAACUUUGAAUGCCCACUCCCAUGAAUUUCUAUAACGUUUCAAGUUGCCAGUGCUCUCGGCGUUCUCAUUCACCCACUCAAUAAAAACCAACAGUGGUUAACAUCUCCUUUUCCAAAACUCCUGGACCACCUCGUGCCUGAGAGGUAGAAGUGAAAAUCUGAGUGAGUUUUCCAAGGGACAGAUUGUGGAUUAGGCUGACACCAGGCUCUGUAUUUCCUGAUGUAUCCCAGUAGUGGGACCUAGGUGUUUAUCAAUGGUGCUAUUUCUAUUGUCAGUGUUCCUUUAACAGCCAGUAUUAAUACCACACGCCCAGUCAGUUUGUCCCAUAUAUGCCUUUUUUUUGGAUUUACAGAAUUUGUUUAAUGUUUGAUGGUAUUGUUGAUUGCCACAGGUACACAUUUGUGUGACCCAAAAUAUGUCUUCAAUGCUCUUCUUAGACUAGUCUUCCAGAAAUCUGCAACAAGUAACUCACCUCCUGAUUCCCCAAAUCCUGUCCGCCCUCUCUAAGCACAAGUCAGGAGUGUGAUGGAAUACUCCCCACUUGCCUGGAUGGGUGCAGCUCCAACAACACUCAAGACUCUUGACAGCAUCCAAGACGAAGCAUCCCGCUUGAUUGGCACAUUAUCCAACUCUUUGACCCUUUCCAUUGCCAACAUAUACUGUAGUGCCAACAGUGUAUGAUUCACAUGAUGCCCUGCAGAAAUUCACCAAGCCUCCUUGACAGCACCUCCAAAACCUGUGACCUUUACCACCUAAAUGGGCAGCAGAGACAUGGGAACACCAUGAUCCUAAAGUUCCCUUUCAGGCUACUCACCAUCCAGGCAUGGAAAUUUCUCUUCAUUCACUGUCCUGGAAAAUCCUGCAAGUCCCUUUUUAAUAGAACUGUUGGGAUAUCUACACAGUCUGGAUGGCAGCGGUUUAAGAAAGCAGCUCACUGUCUUUUCAAGGGGUAAUUAGGGAUGGGCAAUAAAUGCUGGCUUAGGCAGUAAUGCUUACAUCCUACAAAUGAAUUUUUAAAAAUCAUUGUUUAGAGGAUACAGUGCUGUUUCCAAGUCCGUAGACACCCAAAGGGUUAAAAAUUGACCUUGCAGCAUCUACCAAAAGCUUUGUAUUCCUUGGGGCCCCAAGUACAAGUGCAACAUAGAGGUAAGUAGGGUUGGUAAUGAUGGUCUCUGUCUAUUGAGCAGGCUUCAUUGUCAUGGUCCUGAGGGUGAAUGAUUUUGCAGACAUGAGGGAUAACAUGGAAUUUAACAAUGCAUCAAGUUUUCUCAAAUUUGUUAUCCAUUAUGAAAGUAACCCACAUAAUUCCAAAACAAGGUAGAGUUCCAGCAGCGUGUUCCACUGGGUGUAGAUAUCAGGCUGCAGGUGUUCACCAGCCUGGUAUCUCCCAGCAAUAGGAUAUUUCUCACACUGCCUUAGCUGAAUAUAGAAAACAUGUCAACAUUCGCUUGACCAGCUCUGUGCUGCUGUCCCUCAACGCCCCUGUUCCGAUGGCCUUAUUUAUACUAAGUUUGGUUUUCAGUAACACCAAGUCAGACACUAGUCUUUUAUUUUAAAUCUAAAUAUUUCAAUGUUCAGGUACAUACCGUCAAGCUUUUUGGUGCUGAACACUUCGUGGAGUUUUAUCCACAAAUAAAUUGUACUAUUUUCAUUG